UUUGAAAUCUACACUCGGGGUGAGGGAUUCAUCUACAAAUACAAAACCACACAGACAGGACAAGAAUCAUGAAGGUGAUUGCAGUGCUCGUUUUGGCUGUAUUUACAGUUUGCAAUGCCAACCUCUUCUAUGCUGAUGAGCCCAAACCACAGCUGGAGCAGCUGAAAGAUACAUUCUGGGACUAUGUGGCCAAGGCAACACGCACUGCAGAGGACACAGUUCAGAUGAUCAGGAAGUCUCAGCUGGGCCAGGAUGUUAGCGCUAGGUUGACAGAGAGUGCCGAUGUGGCCAGCCAGUAUGCCGUCACCCUCCAGAAUCAGAUGACCCCUCUGGCUCAGGAGCUCAUGACCAAGAUCACCCAGGAGGCUGAGGUUCUGAGAGAGCGUCUGGAGCAGGACCUGACCACCGUCAAGGGGAAACUGGAGCCUUACACGGAGGACAUGAGGGCCCAGGUUCUGCAGAGGGUUGAGGAGCUCAAGGCUGCCGUGGCUCCCUAUGCCCAGUCCGAGUCCCUGAAGACCACCCUGCUCCAGAAGAGUGAGGAGCUGAAGGGGAGUCUGGAGCAGAGUGUGAAGGAGCUGCAGUCCCAGCUGGGCCCCUACACCGAGGAGCUCAGGCAGAAGGUGGACCAGCACCUGCAGGACUUCCAGACCAACGUGGCCCCCUUGGCUGCCGACCUCCAGACCCAGCUGGCCCAGAGAGCCCAGAUGGUUCAGCAGAACCUGGCACCCUACGCGGAAGACCUGAAAGGCAAGCUGGACCCCUACGCCCAGAACCUCAGGGCUCAGCUCACCUCCCUCUAUGAGUCCUUCACCAAAGCUAACUAAAGUGCAUAAACUGGACACUGACUUAUGUGCGUAAUUAUUUUUGUGUACAUGAAUACACUCCCAUGAUUCCACAGAAUAUGCUAUUCCCUUCUCCUCCUGUUGUUUGGCUGUUGAGUAAAAAACGGAAAACUUUUAGUUGUCAUAAUGAUGUAUAACAUUGAUAGUUGUCUGUUUUACAGUUUAAAAUGAUGUGAUUUCAAUUUGUGCUAUUUAUUCUUAAAUAAAAAUA